AUGGCGGAGAUCCGGCUCGGCCCUCAUCCACACUGCUCGGCGUGGAGGGGUCACAUGGCGCGGCAGCGGCGAUUUGGCGCCGUCCUCAUCCAUGGCGCCGAUGUGGAAGGUGUCGAAGACGUGGAUCUUGCUUGCCGCAUGGUGAGGGCGACAGCGAUGGGACGUCCUCGGUGGAGAAGGCGGAGAUGGCCAUGGUGUGCGACACAGGGAGUAAGGGUAUUUAUGUUUUUUUUUCUUCUAGCAUUGAUACGCGUGAAGACUCCUAUAAGGUGUAAAUCUGGUAUAGAUCUAAUCAUGGCAAAUUUCAACUCGUCAGAACCUCGAGACUCUAGAGAACCAACUUCACCCGCACCAUCAACAUCGUCUUCUAUAUCAAGGGAAAAAGGUGACCUGGCAGAAGUUGAUGAUCCUGAAAGUGCAAUGUCCACUGUUGCUCGAUUGUUGGAAGACCUCCAUGCUAGCAUGGUAUCUCCAUCAGGGAAGGAAGCUACAACCAGAAGGUUACUUGAACUGGCCAGAGCAAAAAAGGAGGCAAGGAUUUUGAUAGGUAGCCAUUCUCAGGCAAUGCCACUACUUAUAUCUACCCUUAGAGUUGGGUCAUCUGCAGCAAAAGUAAAUGCUGCAGCUCUACUUAGUGCACUCUGCAAGGAAGAGGACCUGCGUGUGAGGGUCCUCUUAGGAGGCUGUAUACCACCCUUAAUCUCUCUUUUGAAGUCUGAAUCUGCUGAAGCGAAGAAGGCUGCUGCUGAAGCUAUUUAUGAAGUGUCUUCUGGUGGGCUUUCAGAUGAUCACAUAGGCAGGAAAAUAUUUGUGACUGAAGGUGUUGUGCCAACUCUGUGGGACUUGCUUAAUCCUAGGUCUCGCCAAGAUAGAGUUGUUGAGGGCUUUGUGACUGGGGCUUUAAGGAAUCUCUGUGGGGACAAAGAUGGUUACUGGAAGGCCACACUUGAAGCUGGAGGUGUUGAAAUUAUUACUGGUCUUCUUUCAUCCAAGAAUACUGCUUCACAGUCAAAUGCUGCCUCUCUAUUGGCACGGUUUAUCUCUGCUUUUGGUGAUAGCAUUCCCAAAGUUAUAGAUGCUGGGGCUGUUAAGGCUCUCCUUCACCUUCUAAACCGAGAUAAUAUCAUUUCUGUUCGUGAAAGUGCGGCUGAUGCUUUGGAGGCCCUGUCUUCCAAGUCUAGUAUUGCAAAGAAAGCUGUGGUGGAUGCAGGAUGCCUUCCUAUUCUGAUUGGAGCUGUUGUAGCGCCCUCAAAAGAAUGCAUGCAGGGUGAGACAUGUCAUUCUCUACAAAGCCAUGCUGUCCGUGCUUUAUCAAAUAUUUGUGGGGAACAACUUCUCUGUUGCUUUACCUUGGUGAGCUCUGCCAAGCACCCCGUCACCUGUUCCCUUGCUGACAUUCUUGGAGCACUUGCUUAUUCAUUGAUGGUUUUUGAUGGCUGUGAUGGUAAAUCCUUUGACCCAGUUGAGAUUGAAAAUACUUUGGUUGUGCUCCUAAAAUCUCAUGACAGCAAGCUUGAUCGUAUUCUUGAGGCUUUAGCAAGUCUAUAUGGGAAUGAUUGUCUCUCUGACAGGCUUGAUCACUCUAAUUCUAAGAAGGUUCUUGUUGGGCUGAUUACCAUGGCUCCUGCUGAUGUUCAAGAACAUCUUGUUCGUGAGCAGCAGCAGGAAUAUGCAGUUUCCUUAUUGGCUAUCUUGAGUGAUGAAGUAGAUGACAGCAAGUGGGCAAUAACAGCUGCUGGAGGUAUCCCUCCACUUGUCCAACUACUAGAAACAGGAUCUCAAAAAGCAAAGGAGGAUGCAGCUUACAUCAUGUGGAACAUGUGCUCUGACAGUGAUGAUAUCAGGGCAUGUAUUGAGAGUGCUGGGGCUGUUCUGGCACUAAUUUGGCUUCUAAAGAGUGGUAGCCCUCGUGGACAAGAGGCAUCAGUUAAAGCACUCAAGAAGCUGAUACGAUCAGCAGAUUCUGCUACGAUCAAUCAGUUACUAGCAUUACUGCUCAGUGAUUCAUUGAGCUCAAAGGCUCAUGUCAUUACAGUUCUCGGGCAUGUCCUUGUGCUGGCGCCUCAGAGAGCUCUUAUCCAGAGUGGAGCCCCAGCUAAUAAAGGCCUUAGGUCACUAGUUCUUGUUCUUGAAUCAUCAAAUGAAGAAACACAGGAGAUUGCUGCAACUGUGUUGGCUGAUAUUUUCACUAUGCGUCAGGAUAUUUGUGAUGUCUUGGCAAUUGAUGAAAUUGUCCAGCCAUGCAUGAAGCUUUUGACAAGUGGAAACCAAGUGAUUGCCACACAAUCUGCCAGAGCUUUAGGAGCACUUUCAUGUUCAGCUAGUUCCAUGUCAAAAAACAAAAUGUCUUGCUUAACUGAAGGUGAUGUGCGACCUCUUAUAGAGAUGGCAAAGACAUCAUCUAUUGAUGUUGCUGAAACAGCAUUUGCUGCAUUAGCAAAUCUCCUAUCAGAUGCACAGAUUGCUAAAGAAGCGUUAGAUGACAACAUUGUCUUGGCUUUGACUAGAGUGCUCAAGGAGGGGAGUUUAGAAGGCAAGAUUAGUGCGUCAUGGUCACUUCGUCAGUUGGUCAACCAGUUUCCCCUCAGUGAAGUUCUCCCAGAUUACUCAGAGUGCUGUUUUAUAAUUCAUGCAUUGUUGGAGGGUUCACAUUAUAGCCCCCCUCUAUGCACUGGUUUUCUUGAAUUUCCAGAAAGCUUAGAACCUUUAGUUCGUUGUGUUAGUAUUGGGCUUCCACCUGUUCAAGAUAAGUCCAUUCAAAUCCUUGCAAGUCUCUGUCAGGGCCGACCUUCUCUACUUGGUGAAUAUUUAAACAGAAGUCAAGGAUGCAUCACUUCUCUUGCUAAUAGAGUUAUAGAGUCAAAUGACAUGGAAAUAAGAAUCAGCAGUGCAGUCAUCCUCAUAUCUGCAAUGAGGGACAGCAGAGAACAGUCGAUCGAUGUUCUUGAAGCACCAAAACUUCUGAAGAAUCUGAUAUCUGCACUCAUUGAUAUGCUGAAGCAACGUUCCUCUUUAACAUCCCUAGACAUUGAAAUUUGGAAACCUUGCACGGAAAAAAGUUUGCUUAGUUAUGAGCAGGAUGUUUUGAGUGUGCCUGAACUUGGAAAGGUUUCUGAAGAAACUGUUGCACUAUGGUUGCUCUCACUGAUUUGUUCUCAUCAUGGAAGGAGUAAAUAUACUGUUAUGGAGCUCAAUGGCGUUGAUGCAGUAUCUGAUAGACUUGCUAGCUAUACUGCUAACCGACAGGAACAGUAUGAAGACUCAGAAAAUAUAUGGACUUGCGCCCUUCUGUUGGCUACUCUGUUUCAGGAUUCAGUGGUUGUUCAAUCUUCUGAAAUAACACGAACAAUACCUUCUUUAGCAUCCUUGCUAAAAUCUGAUGAUAUCAUCGGUAAAUACUUUGCUGCUCAAGCACUGGCUAGCCUUGUUUCCACUGGGAGCAGAGGUAUACAGCUUGCUAUUGCAAAUUCUGGUGCAGUUUUAGGUGCUGUAGCAUUGAUCGGACAGGUAGAAUCUGAUAUGCCAAACCUUGUUACAAUGGCUAGAGAAUUCAAGUUGGCAGACAAUCCAAUGGAUCUACUUAAACCAAUGCCAGACAGGCCAGGUGCACCUCUGAUUGCUUUGCACCUUCUGACUCAACUAGCGGAAGGUAGUGAGGCAAAUAAAGUUGCUAUGGCAGAGGCUGGAGCUUUAGAUGCCUUGACUAAGUAUCUAUCUUUAAGCCCUCAAGACUCAACUGAAACUACUAUAACCAAUUUGCUAGGGAUUUUAUACAGUAAUCCUGAUCUUCUUUACCAUGAAUCAUCACGCAGCACUUCAAAUCAGCUGGUAGCUGUCUUACGUUUGGGCUCGAGAAGUUCUAGGCUUAGUGCAGUAAGGACGUUGCAGAAACUCUUUGAUGCAGAGAAUAUAAGGGACACCGAAGUGGCCCGGCAAGCUAUUCAACCAUUACUUGACAUGCUUGGGUCAGGAACUGAAAUAGAACAGCAGGCAACACUUGGUGCACUUAUCAAGCUUUCUGCUGGGACUAUCUCUAAGGAUUCUUCUAUGUUUGAUGUAGUAGGGAACACAAUUGAAAAUCUUUACAAAAUUUUAUCCUUCAGUUCGUCACUGGAGCUUAAAAAAGAUGCUGCUCAACUCUGCUAUAUUUUAUUUGAGAACUCAACUGUACGUGCAUCACCAAUUGCAACAGAAUGUCUUCAACCCCUGAUAUCACUGAUGACAUCAGGAUCUAGUUUGGCUAUCGAACCAGCAGUUUGUGCUCUAAACAGAUUACUGGAUGAUGAUUACAAUGCAGAGGUUGCUGCAACUAGUGAAGUUAUUGAUCUUCUUGUCAGUUUUGUUCCUGGUACAAACUAUCAGUUGUCUGAAGCAUGUAUUGGUGCUCUCAUAAAGUUGGGCAAGGACCGUCCAAACUGCAAGCUUGACAUGGUUAAAGCUGGUAUCAUUGAGCAUGCACUUGAUAUGAUUCUUGAUGUUCCUGUAUCUGUUAGUUCAUCCAUUGCUGAAUUGCUUCGCAUUUUGACAAACAACAGUGGCAUUGCUAAAAGUUCUGCUGCUGCAAAAAUGGUGGAGCCACUUUUCUUGCUUUUACGUCGCCCUGAUGUUACUAUGUGGGACCAGCACAGUGCCUUGCAAGCACUUGUGAAUAUUCUGGAGAAACCUCAGAGUCUAGCAGCAUUGAAGUUGACUCCCAGUCAAAUAAUUGAGCCUUUAAUAUCAUUUCUUGAAUCUCCCUCUCAAGCAAUUCAGCAACUUGGCACAGAGGUGCUCUCACAUCUUCUAGAACAGGAACAUUUUCAACAGGAUAUCACCACCAAAAAUGCAGUUGUUCCUCUGGUGCAGCUUGCUGGUAUUGGAAUCUUGAGCUUACAACAAACUGCAGUUAAAGCACUUGAAAACAUCUCACAGAGUUGGCCCAAGGCAGUAAUUGUCCAGGAUGAUCCUCAGCCAAGUCAAGCAUUAUGGGAAUCUGCAGCACUUGUGUUAUGCAAUGUUUUGCGUUAUAAUUCUGACAACUAUGUCAAAGUCUCAAUGGCUGUACUUGUGAGAUUGCUGAACUCCACCAUGGAGAGUACCGUCACGAUAGCUCUCAGUGCUCUACUUGUUCAAGAGAAAAGUAGCUCACGCCGUGCUGUGGCCAUGGCUGAGGCUGGGGCAGUACGUGCACUCUUGGAGCUCCUGAAGAGCCAUCGAUGUGAGGAAUCUGCAGCAAGAUUGCUUGAAGCGCUGAUAAACAAUUCAAGGGUCCGUGAAACAAAAGUUGCCAAGUAUGCUAUUGCUCCUCUCUCACAGUACCUGUUAGACCCUCAGUCUAAGAACCAGUUAGCAAAGUUUCUGGUGACUCUUGCACUAGGUGACAUUUUCCAGCAUGAAGCACUUGCUAGGGCAAGUGACUCUGUGUCUGCCUGCCGUGCUCUUGUAAGCCUUCUUGAGGACCAGCCUACGGAUGACAUGACAACAGUUGCUAUUUGUGCACUGCAAAGCUUAGUGAUGCACAGCAGGACAAACAGGCGCGCUGUUGCUGAAGCUGGGGGCAUUUUGGUUGUGCAAGAAUUGCUUCUUUCACCAAAUGUGGAUAUUUCAGGACAGGCUGCUCUUCUAAUCAAGUACCUAUUUUCAAAUCAUACACUGCAAGAAUACGUGUCGAAUGAGCUUAUCAGAUCUCUCACUGCUGCCUUAGAGAGAGAGCUGCUGUCUACGUCAACCAUCAAUGAAAUUAUUCUGAAGUCCAUAUAUGUGAUAUUCAGCAACUUCAAAAAGGUACGGUUUUCUGAGGCGGCAACCUUGUGCAUACCACACCUGGUUUGUGCUUUGAAGGAUGGAAAUGAGGCUGCCCAGGAGAGUGUGCUUGACACCCUUUGCUUGCUUAAAGAAUCUUGGCCACAAAUGAAUGAAGACAUCGCUAAAGCCCAAUCCCUGAUUUCAGCUGAGGCCAUACCUGUACUACAAAUGCUUAUGAAGACAUGUCCUCCCAGUUUUCAUGAGAGAGCUGAUAGUUUGCUGCAUUGCUUGCCUGGUUGCUUGACAGUGACCAUCAUUCGUGGGAAUAAUUUGAAACAGACAAUGGGGGGUACAAAUGCAUUUUGUUGCCUGCAAAUAGGAAAUGGUCCUCCAAGGCAAACUAAGGUGGUAAACCACAGCAUCUGCCCAGCUUGGAACGAGGGUUUCACCUGGUUAUUUGACGUCGCCCCUAAAGGGCAGAAGCUCUACAUCAUAUGCAAAAGCAAAAAUACAUUUGGAAAGUCAACGCUCGGAAGAGUCACCAUCCAGAUCGACAAGGUUGUCACCGAGGGUGUAUACAGCGGGUUCUUCAGCCUCAGCCACGACGGCGGUCGUCUCGGGAUUGUUAGCCUUGCUGCUGUAACAGGUUUUGGACCCAGGCACAAGCAAUCUUGGUGUCGGCUGCUGCCAUGGCGCAUCCCACGCAUGAUGCGUGACAGGCGCCAUGUGGCGAAGCAGAUGAAGCUUCUCAGGGCCAAGGUAGAGGAUGUGAGCCACAGGAAAAGGCGCUACCGCCUCAACGAAGGCGGCGGAUCGUCUAGCUCCAAUACUGCCGCUAGUAGUGCUGGUGACACUGCUGCUGCCUCUGCAGCAGCUGUCAUGUUUGGUUUUGGUAUCAACGAAGCAAGUGUGGUGUCAGAGCUCAAACAAUUGUCUGCUGAUCAGAUCAUCUAUGCUUUCUACAAGGAGAGCUCUCAAGACAUAGCACAUUCGGCAGAGUCAACAUCAACCUCAAUGCUGCCCACAUCUGAGAUUCAAGAGGACCAACACAAGGAUACUGAUGGAAAGAUGAUGGUUGAAAACAUGACAGCAGGGGUGAUUGCAGUGUGGGGAAUGGAUGGUAUUGGAAAGACCACUCUAGUUACAGAUGUUUACGAAAGAAUAAAGCUCAAUGACAAGUUUACAAAGCAUGCUUUUGUGACCCUGUUUCGCCCUUUCAAGCUUCAGGAGCUUCUUAGGAGUAUAGCUAUCCAGCUAGAUGCAGAGUCAUCCGGAAAGAAGGGUGUGAUGGAUUUUGUUCGUGACAACAAAAAAGAUUAUGCAUCGAUGUCUGCAGAAGAUUUGACUGAUGCAUUGGACCGGCUUUCAGAGAAUAGAAAGUGUCUGAUUGUUGUCGACGACCUAUUAUAUACCCCAGAAUGGGAUACAAUAAUAAAAGAAUUCUAUAAAAUUAAAAAGGCAAAAAGCUGGACCAUAGUGAUCACCACAAGGCAAAAGAUAUUGCUGAGCAUUGUUGCAAGAAACUGGAAUGUAUACACAAGCUCAACAUUCUAG